AGUAUCUGUCGGAAGAUAUUUCUGCGCUCUUCACAUCCUCCAGACAAAAUUGAACUCCAUUCAUUAUCUUGCUCCUCGAAGAAGUAGCAGCAAUGGCUGCUUUGCCAUCUACAUAUUUUUUCAACAGGUCGAUUUCUCUCAUUGGCUUAUCGGAUUUGCCAUCGCAAGAGCGCAGUGCAAGGGGAGCUCGGUGUUUCACGAAAGGAACUUAUUCUAGGCAUUUUUCUAAUCGAGGAAUUUCCCCGUUCCUCAAAGGUGUGUUUUUCCCCUCUCUAUCGAAGACAUUACACUCUAAAAUUCCAAAAUGCAGUGGCCCCUCAAACAUAAGCAGUGACAACGGCAAGAGCUCAAACCAAGAGAAGAUACCUUUUGGAUAUACAAGGAAGGAUGUUCUACUAAUUGGACUUGGCCUUACGGUUGUUGGAAUUGGCCUGAAGUCUGGAUUGGAGUAUCUUGGAGUCGAUCCAUUGCAGGCUGGGAAUGUUGUUCAAUUAGUUCUGGUUUUAGGGCUCACUGUAGGAUGGAUUUCUACUUAUAUCUUCAGAGUCUCAAAUAAGGAAAUGACUUAUGCCCAACAGCUUCGUGACUAUGAAGACAAAGUCAUGCAGGGUGUUGGGGAAUCUGUGAAAUACAGGGAUACAGACGAAUUAACUGGAUAAUCGAAUGGAUCCUGUAAUGCAUACCCUGCAAAAGUUAUAACUCAUCCCCACUGGAUUGAGAGGCAUUUAACUUUGGGAUAAUCCAAUCUACACUCAAGAAUUCUGGUCGAACAUUGAGUCUAAAAACGAGAUUAUGUUUUUGUUCUUACUUUGAAAAUGACCAAGAAUCUAAAUUUAAAACAGGGAAGUAGCUUUUAGUGUUAACGGUGCAGCCUUUAAUGAAUGGAUGCGCCUACUUUUGAAUGGACAUGGAUUUUCAUUCGAGACAUGUCCGUAAGAGUCCAUUUAGCUUUCGGGUACUGUCUCACUGAUUGACUCGAUAUCAUUUCAAUUUAUACGAGCAUGAACCUCUUAAUUUGUAUUAUAGUUGAACACAAUAUCCCUUGAAUCUUGAAUAAAUCCAGAUCACACAAAAAAUUGACAACAUAUGGUACUUCAAUCAAGUUUAGAUUGAAUUUGGUUUGUACUUGAGUGCAAGUUUUGCACACAACUGCUCACUUAAAGUAGCUGUUCCCUUGUUUCUUAAGUUUCUGUAUCUCGAUUUGAAAGAUUGAAUUUCGAAGUAUAAAAGCUGAAAAUCCGUUGCAACAGAAAAGGCUGGAGAGCUUGACGGAAGCAGAGAUAGAAGCAUUGCUCGAACAAGUUGAGGAAGAAAAGAAUCGAUU